AUCUUUUACACCAACAGCUCUACUACCGCCAGAACUCGGGAGACAAAAGAGUUCGCCGUGCGUGUCUUGAAUACUGUGGAGCGGAGGAAACUGCGCAGCGGCCAAAAACUCCUCUGGGAUUAAAAAAAAAAGGCUCUCACGCUUCCCUCCCAGUCCCCUGCUUCGACGAGAAUCCAUUCACUGCGAUGUCUGCCUAGCGGGGAAGAGGACUCCUUCAACCAGCGCGCGUCGCAGGCGGCUCGACUCUCCGAUGAAAGCAGAAGUUAUUUUCUGACCAACUCAGAGGCUAACAAGGGUUAAGUAGAGCUCAAGACUCCAAGGCAGCGUCCCUGCUCAAGACACCUCGAGAAUCAUGGAGCCGGAUACCACCGCGGGCGGGGCGGAGGAGCAGCACCAUGGAAACUACCUCCCGAAAGCGGCAGGUGAGACGGAGGCCCAGCAGGAGCCGGCUGCGGCAGAAGGCUCUGAGGAAGAGGAGGAGGAGUCCGAGGAGGAGUCAGACGAUGAAGAGCCUGGUUUCGAGAGGUGGAAGCCGAAGCCAAAGCCGAAGAAGACCUGUAAGGAGGUCAUGGCGGAUCUGAAGAAGUAUCUCUGGAACCCCGAAACCAGGGAGUUUAUGGGACGGUCUGGAAAAAGCUGGAGCCUCAUUAUCCUCUUCUACCUGGCUCUGUACUCCUUCCUGGCCGCCAUGUUUGCAGCCUGCAUGUGCGGCCUGUUGUGGAGCAUCAGCCCGUACAAUCCCACCUACAGCGACAGAGUGGUCCCGCCAGGCAUGAUGAUGUCGCCCAGCCUGAACGGCUUCGACAUCUCCUUCAACGCCUCGGACCGCAGCUCCUGGGAGAAGUACACGGAGGCCCUGCAGUCCUACCUGAGACCGUAUAAUGACAGCCUUCAAGAGGAGAGGAAUAUCGAUUGCCGUGAUAAAGAAGACUACUUCAGGCAGGACUUUCAGCCAGAGAGCGCUGAGCGCAAAGCCUGCUGGUUCAAAAGGUCCUGGUUGAAAGAGUGCUCGGGCGUCCAGGAUCCCGACUUCGGCUACUCUCAGGGAAAACCUUGCGUUGUGCUCAAGAUGAACCGGAUCCUGGGCUACCUGCCUGGAGAAGGCACUGCUAUCAACGUGACAUGCCAUGCUCAGAAAGGUGGACCAGAAAACCUUGGAGACAUACAGUUCUAUCCCGACAACGUCUUCAGCAAGAAGUACUACCCUUACUAUGGGAAACUGAGACAUGUGAACUACACAUCCCCGCUGGUGGCGGUGCAGCUCCCCAGCGUGCAGCUGGACGUCCCGCUGACGGUGCAGUGCAAGCUCAACGGCAAGGGCAUCAUCAACGACUCCCCGUACGACCGCUUCCUGGGCAGGAUCACCUUCACGCUCAGGGUCGGGGCCUGAGGACGCGGGGCUCUCCAGGCGGCUAGGGCUGG